AUGGCGACGGCAAUGACGCGCCGGGCCCUGGUGCCGGCCCUCCGCCGUGGCCCUGCAGCCUUCCAGUUCGCCUCCACUUCCUUGACUUCGUCUUCGAUAUCGACUGCAGUAACACGAAGCAUCAUGACAAUAGCCGCGCGUGGCUCUACGGCACAAAGCACAUCCGGCACGAAGAGUCCAGCACCACCACAACAGCGCUCGAUCAACACCUCGUCGGCGCCCCUGUUGAGCGCUAUUGGUGGCUUUGGCAGUGCGCCCUCGGGCAUCCCGGCCGCCUACUUUCAGAAGCCAUCGCUGCCGGCCAACACGAUUAUCCGCUUUGUGCCGCAGCAGACGGCCUGGAUCGUCGAGCGCAUGGGCAAGUUCCACCGCAUCCUGCAGCCCGGCCUGGCCGUGCUCAUCCCGUUCCUCGACCGCAUUGCCUACGUCAAGUCGCUCAAGGAAGUGGCCCUCGAGAUUCCGAGCCAGAGCGCCAUCACCGCCGACAACGUUACGCUGGAGCUCGACGGUGUUCUCUACACCCGCGUCUUUGACGCAUACAAGGCUAGUUAUGGCGUCGAGGAUGCCGAGUAUGCCAUUUCGCAGCUCGCCCAGACGACCAUGCGCAGCGAGAUUGGCCAGCUCAGCCUCGACCACGUCCUCAAGGAGCGCGCCGCCCUCAACACCAACAUCACCGCCGCCAUCAACGAGGCCGCCCAGGCCUGGGGCGUCACCUGCCUGCGCUACGAAAUCCGCGACAUCCACGCCCCCGCCCCCGUCGUCGAGGCCAUGCACCGCCAAGUCACCGCCGAGCGCUCCAAGCGCGCCGAGAUUCUCGAGUCCGAGGGCCAGCGUCAGAGCGCCAUCAACAUCGCCGAGGGCAAGAAGCAGAGCGUCAUCCUGGCGUCCGAGGCGCUGCGCGCCGAGAACAUCAACCGCGCCUCCGGCGAGGCCGAGGCCAUCCUGCUCAAGGCCACCGCCACGGCCCAGGGCAUUGCCUCGGUGGCGGCUCAGAUUGCCCAGGGCCGCGACGCCGCUCACAGCGCCGUGUCGCUGUCGGUGGCCGAGAAGUACGUUGACGCCUUUGGCAAGCUGGCCAAGGAGGGCACGGCCGUCGUGGUGCCGGGCAAUGUUGGCGACAUGGCCGGCCUGAUUGCCACGGCACUGGGCGUCUAUGGCAAGGUGGGCCAGGCCACAGGGGCGAACGCGCGUGCCACCGCCCAACAGGUGCUGGAGAAGGGCGGCGUGCUCGAGGGCGAGGCUGUGGCGAACCGCGACGCCGAGGACGCGGCCGAGCUGGAGGGCCUGGAUCCGGCGGAGCGCAGCAAGUUUGUGCGCGACCGCAUUGUCGAAGACUUUGAUCGGCACACGGCCGACCGGUAA